AUGGCAAACCUAGCAUCGCUAUAUCAUGCACAAGGCCGGUAUAGCGAGGCAGAAGCUAUGGAAGUUCAAGUGCUUGAUCUUAGGCAGGAACUCCUUGGGAAGAAGCACCCGGAUACUCUAUUCGCCAUCCACAACCUUGCUCACACCUGGAAAAUGCAAGGCCGCCACCAUGAUGCACUUGCGCUAAUGGAAGAGUGCGUGCAAUCCAGACGCUCUGUAUUGGGUCCAGAGCAUCCACUUACAGUCAAGUCCAUUGAAUAUCUCGAAAGGUGGAAAUCCGAGGAUGAG